AUGGCACUAAUUACUCCCCUCACGCGACAUGUGGAUUCGGUAUCCCGGUGGGUCACCCAGUCGAGAGGAUUUGCGAUCAAGAGAGUCACUCUGUUGGAGGACACCAACGGGUUUGGGUUCGCGAGAUCGAACCCCAGACCCGGGAAGCCCAGGUCCAAAGGGGUCACUGAGAUCAGAGGACCGUAUUACUCGGUGGGGUCAUUUUCCCUCUUCCACGAAAAGGCAUUGCGCGAGCUGAUCGAUUUGGCUCACAGCUAUGGUGUGUAUGUGUCCACGGGCGGUUGGGCCGAGCACCUCCUCACACACCCUGACCCCAAUGCCGUCUUUGACCGCUACUUGACCAAAUGCAAGGAUCUCGGGCAUGUGCUCGAUGUAAUUGAGCUCUCAUCUGGAUUCUUGUCCAUCCCGGAAGAUGACUGGCUCCGCCUGGUGGACAAAGUUCACGCCUAUAAAUUGGAGGCCAAACCAGAACUGGGGAUACAGUUCGGAGCCGGUGGGGAUACCCCCGCGGGUGACCUGGAGGCCCUAGGGACUUCUGAUCCGGGGAAGCUGGUGAAUUUGGGGCAAAGAUUCUUGGAUGCUGGUGUCCAACGCCUGAUGAUCGAAUCUGAGGGGAUCACCGAGAAUGUUACUUCCUGGCGGACAGAUGUCGUAUCCCAGAUCAUGAAAGAGCUGCCGCCGGAACGGGUGAUGUUUGAAGCCGCGGACCCCAAGGUGUUUAAUUGGUAUAUUCGAGAGUUUGGGAUGGAUGUCAACCUGUUUGUAGACCACAGCCAGAUUGUGCAGUUGGAGUGCCUGCGAGCCGGGAUUUGGGGCACGGCCGAUACUUGGGGGAAGAUAGUGUCGCUGCGUUGA